GGUAUAAAAUGGGCCUAGAUCUCAGAGUUACUCUAGAUCUUAAGAAUGGAACCUCUCACAGCAGUUCCAAAGCUCUACGCCAUCGAGUCCACUGCUUAUCCUGGCUACUGCAUUACUCAGCAAGGCACCCAGAUUGUUCUCAAGUUCAAGGAUGCGCUCAAUCCCUUCCAACUCUGGUACAGGGAUGAGUCAUGGCAGUUCCUGAGCGAGGAUAACAGUGACCUCUCCGCGUUGGUGUUUAUAAACCACGGCUCCAAGAAAGCUCUUCGCUCCCAGUCAUCCUCAACUUCCCGGAGCAUUGCCAAGCUUACUGUUGGAGAUUAUGAUCCGGCAGUCGAGAACAAUUCUCUCCUCUGGUCUAUUUCCGGAAGCUCGGACGAUCAAGUCUUCGUCACAGAGACUGGGAAUUCGUCCGUGUUUUUGAGCCACACUUCGUCUUCGAGGUCCAGCUUUAAAGACGGGGUGCCAGUGGUGACAUCUGCCCAGGGUGAAAACUCUAGGUGGAAGAUCGUUGCUUAUGUGCCUUCUCAAGUGUACAGAAUUCUGUGUCACUGGUUUGGGAAUUACUUGACUUGGAAGCAGCAAAAUGUGGAUGUAACUUUCAAGAAUGCAAUCAAGCACAACGACGAGACAAACGUGGUGGCUGUUAGUCCAAACAACAUUUCUCUCGACGGCAUGGCAUGGUUCAAGGUUCCUGCUGGUGGCCGAGACAAUACCACGUACUUUACCUCGUUUAUCCUAAUAAACAAGACUGGUCUAGCACUCAAAGGGUCAACCAAGCCAGGAGACAAGGUGCUCUUGACUCAAUAUGAUCCUCUCGACUACGGUUUUGUGUGGUCUGAGAACCGAUUCCAGGCUUCAAACACGGACUAUGUGGCCAUCAAUCUGGAUGGAACGAACUUGCAGUGGUCUCUGCAGAACGACGAUCAGUACCAGAACAGUGCGUGGUAUCAUCCUCUCGUUCUUCGCCCGGCAUCUGCAAACCAAGGAUAUGUUGAGCAGCAGACCUGGAAAUUCAAUCCAGUGGUGAACAAUGUUUAGCUGGGAAUUUUAUGUUCAUAAAUGAGAUGAGAAGAUGCUAGAUGUAUGCAUGAAAGUUCAUAUGAAUAAUUACAGUUCUAAAUGUUGAAUCA